AUGGAGAUUGAACAUUAUGUAAUAUGUACAUAUAUAGCUGUUGCUGGUGCAAUAGUGUCUGUGGUACCAGCGUUGAAGCCAAUUUUUAGGAUAUCUUUGCUACUGAUUGCAAUACCUUUCAUGGCUCGAAUAUUACGACGUAUUUUUGGCCUUCCAUCUAAUGUUCCUGCUGCUGUCAAAUUCUUCAAAGAUUUUCGUGUUGGAGGACAUCGAGGUGCGCCGAAAGUUGCUCCUGAAAAUACGAUUGAAUCGUUUGAGAAGGCAAAAUUAUCUGGUAUGGAUCUGGUAGAAUUUGAUUUAGCAUUAACCAAGAAUGGUAUCGUAGUGAUUAUGCAUGACGAUGAUCUGAUGAGAACAUGUGGUGAACCGGGCCUGAUUGCAUCCUUCACUCUGGAAGAAUUAAGAACCAAAAAUGCUGGGAAAACAUUUCAGUUAUUAAAUGCACUGGAUAAUCAAGCUGCUUCGAAAAUUUACCAUAUACCAACUUUGGAGGCUACUGUAAAAUACUGCCGAGAUAACAAUCUAAAAAUGCUAUUCGAUGUGAAAGAUAGCAGUUAUGAGAUGAUUUCGCAAAUAGUAUCCGUAAUAUCAUCCAAUAAUUUGUAUGAUGAUGUGAUCGUUUCUUCAUUCUUCCCUUGGGUUCCAUAUGCCAUCAAGAAAAUUGAUCCCAAUAUAUUAACUGGCGUCACAUGGCGUCCAUAUUUUGCAACAUAUAAAGAUUUGGAAUGUUGUGUUCCACGAUUCUCGGGAUUGAAACACUUUUUUGCAUUGCUGUUAGAUUAUAUUAACAUGAAACUAUUGCACAGUUUUCUGCCACAAUUCCUUGGAGUUGAAAUGCUACUUCUAUAUGAGAAAGAAAUAUCUAGUGGAUUGGUAAAUAGGAUGAAGGACAUGGAUAUUCAAGUGGUUGCAUGGACGGUUAAUGAUCCACGUCAAAUGCUUUAUUUGGUCGAUACGUUGCAAAUUCCUUUUCUAACAGAUCUACCUCACUUGUACAAAGAUCUCAAAACUAUACGAAUGGAAAUGCAGAACAAGGAUAAAAUGGAAAAUUAA